AUGGUCGAGUUUGCCAUUAACAACUCGGUGCAUGCGUCCACGACACAUACACCGUUUUACGUGAAUGGCUUGCGCCAUCCGCGUGUACCCACCUUACUAGAGUACGUCAUUGCGUUUGAUGCCGAUAUCGAUAACAUCGAUGUCGAAGAAGUUGAUUCCAGUGAGAGUGCGGAAGCCCUCACUGAAGACGAUGAUGCCAGUGAGAGUGCGGAAGCCCUUACUGAAGAAGAUGAUCCCAGUGAGAGUGCGGAAGCCCUCACUGAAGAAAAGGUUGAUGUUGCUGCAGUGCGCUCACAGCACACUGAAGCUAACGAGUCAUCAGAUGAGUUCAUACUGGCUCGUGAAACGGUAGUCCGUUUUGUGCAAGACUCCAUCGCCGAAGCGGUGACUUAG